AUGGAUCUACCUCUCUGGAAACCAGAUUCAUGGGACAUUUCAUCUUUCUUAUGCAGUAAGGCGAAUAACAAAAAUAACUUGGAGGUCCUAGAUGCAUUAGAUAACUUCUUGUCCGGUGAACUUUCUUCUUGCUGGGUGUAUUGGCAAAUUUUGACACAUUUAAACCUGGGAAGCAAUAACCUGUCUGGUGGAAUUCCUAACUCAAUGGAUUCUUUAACUGUGCUCAAAUCAUUGCGCUUGCAAAAUAAUUAUUUUUUUGGAUAUGUACCCUCGUCAUUGCUUAAUUGCACAUCUUUGGGGCUUAUUUAUUUGGUGAAAACGAGUUUACAGGAACUAUACCAAGUUGGUUGGGAGAAAUGA